CGUCCCCGUCCCCGCGCCCACGCGCUGCCCGCCGCUGGGAUGCGGCCGCCCGCCCGCCGCCUGGCGCUCCUCGCGCUGCUCGCCGGCUCCCUGGCUUUUGCUUUGGUUUCUGAAGAUACAAAGGAAGAGGUCAAGCAGUCUCAGAAUUUGGAGAAAGGUGGACUAUCAAGGAAAAACGACAUAGAUUUAAAAAGAAUUGUAUUUGUCAUCCAGAGUCAAAGCAAUUCUUUUCACGCAAAGAGAGCAGAACAAUUGAAGGAAAACAUCUUACAGCAGGCAGUGGAUCUUACACAGGAACUCCCCAGAGUUGUUCUUAUUCAUCAGCUGGUGAAGCUGGAAGGCGCCUGGACCAUUCUUCCGUUGUUACCACACUUUUCUGUAACAUAUAGCACAAAUUCAUCAUGGAUUUUCUUCUGUGAAGAAGAGACGAGAAUACAAAUUCCAAAACUCUUAGAAGUACUCAGAAGAUAUGACCCAUCUAAGGAAUGGUUUUUAGGAAAAGCGUUACACGAUGAAGAAUCUACAAUAAUUCACCAUUACGCCUUUUCUGAAAACCCUACGAUUUUUAAAUAUCCAGACUUCGCUGCCGGCUGGGCCCUUAGUAUCCCACUUGUAAACAAGCUUACCAAGAGGUUAAAGAGUGAUUCCCUGAAAUCCGACUUUACAAUAGAUUUAAAACAUGAGAUUGCCCUCUACAUCUGGGACAAAGGUGGCGGACCCUCCCUUACUGCAGUGCCUGAGUUUUGUACCGAUGGCGUGGGCCCCAGCUGUGCCACCAGGUUCCAUUCUGCCCUUCCGCUUUGUGCAGGAGCGACAUGUCAUGUUUCUACUACCUGCCAGGGAAAUCCAGUGAAGAAGGAAUAUAUCUUUGUUGCUGUAAAAACAUGCAAGAAAUUUCAUGAUGAGAGAAUACCCAUCGUAAAGCAGACUUGGGAAGCACAGGCGGGUCUCAUCGAGUAUUACAGCGACUCUGCGGAAGGUUCCAUUCCUACAGUAGAUUUGGGAAUUCCUAACACAGAUAGAGGUCAUUGCGGAAAGACAUUUGCCAUUUUGGAAAGAUUUUUGAAUCAUAGCCGUGACAAAAUACCAUGGUUGGUCAUUGUGGAUGAUGACACACUAAUAAGCAUCUCCAGGCUGCAGCACUUGCUUAGCUGCUAUGACUCCAGUGAACCCGUGUUUCUGGGAGAGCGUUACGGCUACGGACUGGGGACUGGCGGCUACAGCUACGUCACGGGAGGAGGAGGGAUGGUCUUCAGCAGAGAAGCCAUCAGGAGACUCCUCGCCAGCAAGUGUCGGUGCUACAGCAACGAUGCUCCAGAUGACAUGGUCCUGGGGAUGUGCUUCAGUGGGCUGGGGAUCCCAGUGACACACAGCCCCCUCUUCCAUCAGGCUCGGCCAGUGGAUUACCCUAAGGAUUACCUUGCUCACCAAGUUCCCAUCUCGUUCCACAAACACUGGAACACCGAUCCGGUGAAGGUGUACUUCACAUGGCUGGCACCCAGUGAGAAAGACAGAGCCAGGCAGGAGACACAGGCGCGCUUUAAAGAAGAGUUAUAAAGCGUGGUGACGCCGUGAGCAUAGUUGGGCAGGGAACGGACGUGGAAACCACGGUGUCAUCGCCCCGCCAGGCUGUGAUCAGACCACUUCAGGAUGCUGUUGUGCAUCGAUGCGUUUGGCUGGAGGUGGAAACGAUGCCCUUUUUUUUUUUUAAUGAGAAGAGAAGGAGUUACAAACAGACACAGGCAUUUUAUUUUCCCUGGGGAAAAAUCACUUGCUUUUGCAUUAUGCAGUUAUUGUAAUAUGCAGUGAUGACUGGUUUUUGGUUUUUAAGCUGUGACCCAGCAGCUUUAUGACUGCCAGCGGGAAAAUAAAUGGUACAAGAAGUCCUUUUUCUGUUCCUCUCUUCGUUAUAACGAAGGUUUCAGUUGGGCAUGACUGUCUUUCGCUCUGUAGAUACAUAAAGAAGAGUGGAAGUCCUUUGACGUGGUGUUGGCAAAGGAUAUUGACUAUACUGUGGACUGCCAGAAGAACGGAAAAAUCUGCCUUGGAAGAAGUACAACCAGAAUGCCCCUUGGAAGCUAGGAUGGUGAGACUUCAUGUGAUGUGCUUAUCAGGAGGGACCAGUCCCCUGGAGAAGAACAUCAUGCUGGUAAAGUACAAGGUCAGCGAAAAAGAGAAAGACCCUCAAGGAAGUGGAUUGACGCAGUGGCUGAAACCAUGAGCUCAAACAGAGCAACAAUUGUGAGAAUGGUGCAGUACCGGGCAGUGUUUCGUUCUGUGGUACGUGGGGCCGCUAGAGUUGGAAGCAACUCGACAGCACCUAACGACAAUAACGGCAUGAACUUUUAAACUGUAUUAUUGAUAAUGAAAAUUACUUCCUGGGAACUUAGUAGGGUUAAUGCUGUAUUGGGAGCCAUUGUUCAGCAUCAUAAAAGUCUACAUAUGAAGUAAUCUGUCAUCAGGGCUGUUAGGUUUUAACUGUCUGUGCUUUUGCUGUUUGUGCCUCAUAAAAAGAGAAUGAGAUUCUGCUAGAGCGUUCCACUUCUUGGGAGGUUCAUCUGUGUUCCAUUUCUCUCUGAAGCCCUUUUUAAGGCCUCCUUGUACCACCACUGUGUGCUGGACGCUGCCACAAGAGUGUCUUCCGCAUUUCAGGGCAGUGUUGAAGCGUCUCAUUCCAGUCAGCUCUGUGUCUGUCUCAGGAAGUGAGUUAUGGCUGUAGGUGAUGUUUCAGUCUCAUUUUUCUCUGGAUGUUACGUAGGAGCUCUGAAAUUUGUCCCAGAGCUCCGCGAAACCCUCGCGAAUGGACAGCUUGUUUAUUUGGGCAUUUGGCUGGGCCCUUAAAGGAUGAAAUUUGAAAGUAGCAUAUUGAAACAGCUCUAAUGUUCAAAUCAUAUCUUUAAUAUAUAGCGAUUCAACACAUUCGGUAUUAAUGUGUAAAAAGCACUCUGUAUUUUAAUGUUUUUUAAUUUUACAAUUCAGUUUUGUAAAAGCAUUUGCAUAAAAUUUGAUUUUAAUAUGUCUUAAACUAAUUUUGGUAGAGUUAAAUACUUUUUUUGUUUUCAAUUUUAAUAAAAAGUACUAUUCAUUAACCUUGCUUGUAACGCUUUUAUAACCAAGUGCAGGGUUUUAAAGCCGUACCACCAGAAGUACCUAUGUGUGUUUUCGUAACAGUCUAUUUUACUCUCCUAGCUCAGAUUUGACUAGGAGCCCUGGUGGCGCAGUGGUUAAAUGCUCGGCUGUAACCGAAAGACUGGCAGUGGGAACCCACCCAGUGGCUCCGUGGGAGGAAGACGUGGCAGUUGGUUUCCAUAAAGAUUACAGCCCUGGAAUCCCUGUGGGGCCGUUCUGCUCUGGCACGUGGGAUUGCUAUGAGUCGGAAUUGACUUGAUAGCAAUGGGUUUUUGUUUUUUUCAGAUUAGAUUCAUUUCUAAAAUCACACGAUAGUGUUGAUCAGUUUCCCAGAUCAGCAGAUUCCAGAAUGGGUGUGCCUCGGUGAUGGCUGGUCACACUGGAUUCAUUUUUGGAAUGUGGCUUCUGUGGCUCGUGCACGUCAUGGAUCAGGGACCAUGAUCUGGGGGACGGGCACCAUUAGGAUUUUCAGAUCUUGUCACCUGCUGCUGCUGGCAUCAGCACUGUUGUCGUCAUGGCUGGGAUUGUUGUCUUGCUGCCCUCACGGCCACCUUCCUGACAUCUGUGGUGACGCUCCUGGAGAGCCCUGGCUCCUAAGCCGGUGGAGAAGAGCCGUUACUGCUCCUCCUGCCCACCAUGUACCGCCACUCAGACAGCACCGCAUUGGCCUGAGAGCGUCGGCUGCCGUUUGUGUACAGAGGCCCCACGUCCACCUUUGUUCUCUGUUAGCAUCAGUGCCUUCUACUGGCACCAGAGCGCCUCCUCUGGGCCUUUUAGGUGUUUUCUGAAUUAUGUUUACUUUUUGGAACUGUGUCAGCCUAACCGUGAAUAAAGGGUACUUGCCUACAUUUCUGAUUUCUCAAAUGUUGUAUUCAUUCGUGCAACCUGUAGUGGGGAUAGGAGCCCUGUGGCACAGUGGUUAAGUGCUCGGCUGCAAAUCUAAAGGUCAGUGGUUUGAACCCACCAACCACUCAGCGGGAGAAAGGUGUGGCUGUCUGCUUCCUUAAACUACAGCCUCGGAAACCCUAUGGGACAGUUCUAGUCUGUUCUGUAGGGU